AUGUGGCCAUUGGAUCUGCCCUUGGUACGAGUGGUAAUUUUCGUCGCGUUUGCCUUCUGGCUGCACUUUAUCAUCAAGACUUUGCUCCGACCAUCCUUCUCAGAGUUGCGGCAUCUUCCAGGACCGAAAGGCCAUCAAUUCUUAGUUGGCCACGCCUUGCGCAUUCUCCGUGGGUCGGGACCAAAUGAACUCUAUCUCCAGUGGAUGCAGCGGUGGCCGAAGGCACCAUUCAUACGAUGUCUUUCCUGGCUCAACUCGGAGGUGCUCCUCGUCAACAAUAUAGAGACAUGUCGCGAGGUCCUCCAAACCAAUGCUUACCGCUUCGCGAAACCGGCGUUCUUUCAUACGCUUGUCGGAGAGUUUCUGGGCGUCGGUCUGCUGUUCAGCGUUGGUAACCAGCACAAGCGGUUGAGACGUAUCAUAACAGGGCCUCUAUCUCGCCCAAGCAUUCGGAAGCUAUUCCCAACGUUCAUGACAUACUCUCGCAAGUUGAAUAGUGAAAUUGAUGCUGCGAUCCAACAAAGCAGCAACGGCGUCUUGGAAAUCGAAGAUCUGUUUACAAGAGUGACACUUGAUAUCAUCGGUGUUUCGCUAGUUGGUAAGGAACUUCGAAACUUUCGCUCAAAAGUCUCGCCUUUAUCAUUUGAGCAAUGCUACAAUGGGAUAUUGGCACAGCCACUUGCUGGCCAAAUCAUAAGUUUCAUCAAUCCCUUCAUCCCACUCCGUUGGCUACCUGUAUCCGCAAAUCUGAACUUUAUCAAGGCCAAAUCUGCUCUGAAGGGCAUGAUGACAGAACUGAUUGAGCAGCGGACAUCCGAGGUUGCAAAAGCAAAGGAGUUGGGUACAGACAGUGGACUAUCGGAUGAUUUGUUGACGAGAAUGAUUGAAGCAAGUUCUGUUGAGAAUCAGAGGUUGUCUAAAGAUGAGUUGAUCGAUAUCACUAUGCAGGUCAUCGCAGCGGGGCAUGAGACUACAGCUAGUGCUCUUUUAUGGACAACAUAUGCCCUUUCCAAAGAUCAAAAGUCUCAAAAUCGAUUAAGGACUGAGAUAUACAGCAUGAAUGCCACCGACAUGACCGCCAAGUCGAUAGACGAACUUCCAUACCUCGACAACGUCAUUCGAGAAGCUCUUCGCGUGUACUCGCCUACUCUAAUCAUCCCAUGGGAAGCACUUGAGGAUAUCGACAUAGCAGGCGUCAGGAUCCCAAAAGGGACCACGGUUCAGCUCGUUCCAGCAAUGACGCAACUGAACCCUGAGAUCUGGGGUCCCGACGUGGAGACCUUCAACCCCGAUCGAUGGGACCGUCUUUCUGGCGAUGCUUUGAGCCCAUAUGCCAUGGAGACAUUCUCAAAUGGACCUCGAAUGUGUCCCGGAAAAGCUUUGGCUUUGCUGAAUAUGAAGAUCUUGUUGGUUGGGUUGAUCAGAGACUUUAAGAUCGAGAGUGCUGGAGAUGAGGAGAUGGAGUUCAGAAACCCGAGCUUGACCUUGAAAUCGAAGAUGACACUUCGAUUUAAGGUACAACGCGUGGGAUAA